UGUCCUUGAGCUCCCAUUGGACACAUUCGAUGUCAAUUUGAUGAGGAAUGUUUUCAAGAAUGGAGCCGCAACGUAACAUCUGCAAACUGUGAAGGUGCCGUGUUGAUUUAGACAUAACAGUUUACAUUGAUAAGGAAUCGUGAAGAACUGGUCGUAGAAAUGUAUGGUUUUGUCAAUCACGCCUUGGAACUACUUGUAUUACGAAAUUAUGGCGAAGACGUGUGGGAAGACAUCAAGAGGGAGGCACAACUCGAUGUAGAGGGUCAGUUCCUUGUCAGAAUCAUAUAUGAAGAUGCCAAAACAUAUGACCUUGUUGCUGCUGCAAGCAAAGUUCUCAAGAUUGAUGCAGGGUGUAUCCUACAGAUGUUUGGGAAGAUGUUUUUUGAGUUUUGCCAAGAAUCAGGGUAUGACACCAUCCUGCGUGUUUUAGGCUCCAAUGUCCGUGAAUUCUUGCAGAAUCUGGAUGCCCUCCACGACCACCUAGGUACCAUCUACCCUGGGAUGAGGGCUCCGUCCUUCCGCUGCACAGACGCGGAGAAGGGCAACAAUCUGAUCCUGCACUACUACUCGGAGAGGGAGGGGCUCCAGGACAUUGUGAUCGGCAUCAUCAAGACGGUGGCCCAACAGAUCCACGGCACAGAAAUAGAAAUGAAGGUGAUCCAGCACAAGAGUGAGGAGUGUGACCACAUCAAGUUCCUGAUCGAGGAGAAGGACUCGGAGGAGGAGGCCUUCUAUGAGGAUCUGGACGGCUUCGAGGAGAACGGCACGCAGGAGACCCGGAUCAGCCCCUACACCUUCUGCAAGGCCUUUCCCUUUCACCUCAUGUUCGACAGGAACCUGAUGCUUACUCAGUGCGGCAACGCUAUCUUCCGUGUGCUGCCGCAGCUCCAGCCAGGCAUCUGUAACCUGCCCUCCGUGUUCUCUCUGGUGCGUCCACACAUAGACUUCAGCUUCCAAGGCAUGCUCUCCCACAUCAACACUGUCUUCGUUCUGCGAAGCAAGGAGGGCCUCUUGAACGUGGAGACUUCAGAGAACGAGGACGAGCUGACUGGUGCUGAGAUCAGCUGCCUGAGGCUGAAGGGACAGAUGAUCUACCUACCCGAGGCGGAGAACAUCCUCUUCCUCUGUUCUCCCAGUGUGAUGAACCUGGAUGACCUGACGCGGAGAGGCCUUUACCUGAGUGACAUCCCGCUGCACGAUGCCACACGUGACCUGGUGCUGCUGGGAGAACAGUUCCGUGAGGAGUACAAGCUGACUCAGGAACUGGAGAUCCUAACUGACCGUCUGCAGCACACCCUUCGGGCCCUGGAGGACGAGAAGAAGAAGACGGACAGAUUGCUCUACUCAGUCCUGCCACCGUCAGUGGCCAAUGAGUUGCGCCACAAGCGUCCAGUCCCGGCCAAACGCUACGACAAUGUGACCAUCCUCUUCAGCGGCAUUGUGGGAUUCAAUGCCUUCUGCAGCAAACACGCGUCAGCCGAGGGUGCCAUCAAGAUAGUCAACCUGCUCAACGACGUCUACACCCGAUUUGACAUCCUAACCGACUCGAGAAAGAACCCCUACGUGUACAAGGUGGAGACAGUGGGUGAUAAGUACAUGACGGUCAGUGGGCUGCCAGAACCAUGUACCCACCACGCUCAGUCUAUCUGCCACCUGGCCCUGGACAUGAUGGAAAUUGCUGGACAGGUCAAAGUGGAUGAAGAACCAGUACAGAUAACCAUUGGGAUCCACACAGGAGAGGUGGUAACUGGGGUCAUAGGUCAAAGGAUGCCCCGCUACUGCCUGUUUGGAAAUACUGUCAACCUCACCAGUCGUACAGAAACCACAGGAGAGAAGGGAAAAAUCAACAUUUCAGAAUAUACUUACAGGUGUUUGCAGUCAGCAGAGAAUGCUGACCCCCAGUUUCGUUUGGAGUACCGAGGACCCAUCACCAUGAAAGGCAAGAAGGAGCCCAUGAAUGUGUACUUUCUGUCGCGCGAAAGUACUGAACACAUAGUUUGAUCAUAAAAGCAUUCCCCUUUCCCCAGUGGGCAAAAUGCAUAAAGGUGUAAUUUUGGGGUUCUACUUUGGUUUUAUGGGUUGAAGAGAUGUCAGAUAAACAAAUUAGAACCAAGAGAAUAUGUCCUUUUCUGGUCGCUAAAAAGAGAUGUUAAAAAAAAAAACGUUUUUACAAUCAAGCAUAAAACCGGACCAUGACGUACACCUGAACAGUUUUGCUCACUGGGUCACUUGUCAGUUUCAGGAAGCUGCUCUAUCUGAAGACAUAACAAUUUUACCAUCUAGAAAUAUACCUUGUUCUCUCCUUCACCAACAGUUAUUCUUAUUGUUGGUAUGUACAGUUGAAGUUGGAAGUUUACAUACACUUAGGUUGGAGUAAUUAAAACUAGUUUUUCAACCAGUCCACACAUUUCUUGUUAACAAACUAUAGUUUUGGCAAGUCAGUUAGUACAUCUACUUUGUGUAUGACACAAGUAAAAUUUUCAACAAUUGUUAUUUCACUUAUAAUUCACUGUAUCACAAUUCCAGUGGGUCAGAAGUUGACAUACACUACGUUGACUGUGCCUUUAAACAGCUUGGAAAAUUCCAGAAAAUUAUGGCUUUAUAAGCUUCUGAUAGGCCAAUUGACAUCAUUUGAGUCAAUUGGAGGUGUACCUGUGGAUGUAUUUCAAGUCCUACCUUCAAACUCAGUGCCUCUUUGCUUGACAUCAUGGGAAAAUGGGAAAAUCCAAAUAAAUCAGCCAAUCAGAAAAAAUGUAGACAUCCACAAAUCUGGUUCAUCCUUGGGAGCAAUUUCCAAAUGCCUGUACAAACAUUAGUACUCAAGUAUAAACACCAUGAGACAUUCUGUCUCCAAGAGAUGACUAUCGUUAUGUUUGGAGGAAAAAGGGGGAGGCUUGCAAGCCGAUGAACACCAUCCCAACUCUGAAGCACGGGGUGGCAGCAUCAUGUUGUGGGGGUGGACUGCAGGAGGGACUGGUGUACUUCACAAACUAAAUGGCAUCAUGAGGUAGGAAAAUUAUGUGGAUAUAUUGAAGCAACAUCUCAAGACAUCAGUCAGGAAGUUACAGCAUGGUCACAAAUGGGUCUUACAAAUGGACAAUGACCCCAAGCAUUUAAUUUUUCUUUUUUUUUACCUUUAUUUAAACAGGCAAGUCAGUUAAGAACAUAUUCUUAUUUUCAAUGACGGCCUGGGAACAGCACCUGUUCAGGGGCAGAACGACAGAUUUGUACCUUGUCAGCUCGGGGGUUUGAACUCACAACCUUCCAGUUACUAGUCCAACGCUCUAACCACUAGGCUACGCUGCCGCCCCAUAAUUCCAAAGCUGUGGCAAAAUGGCUUAAGGACAACAAAGUCAAGGUAUUGGAGUGGUCAUCACAAAGCCCUGACCUCAACCCUGUAGAAAAAGCGUGUGCGAGCAAGGAGGCCUACAAACCUGACUCAGUUAUACCAGCUCUGUCCGUAUUAAGAGGAAUGGGCCAAAAUUCACCCACUUUAUUGUGGGAAGCUUGUGGAAGGCUACCUGGAACGUUUGACCCAAGUUAAACAAUUUAAAGGCAAUGCUACCAAAACCUAAUUGAGUGUAUGUAAACUUCUGACCCACUGGGAAUGUGAUGAAUGAAUGAAAUAAAAGCUGAUAUAAAUAAUUCUCUCUACUAUCUGACAUUUCACAUUCUUAAAAUAAAGUGCUGAUCCUAACUGACCUAAGACAGGGGAUUUUUAAUAGGAUUAAAUGUCAGGAAUUGUGAAAAACUGAGUUUAAAUGCAUUUGGCUAAGGUGUAUGUGAACUACCAACUUCAACUGUAUGUUUGUUUCAAGUGACAAAUGAGUUACAUUCAUAGGUUUAAUUUAGUGUGAUAUGACACAGAUGAAGAACCUUUUUUAUGGAUAUACUGUAGGUACGGGCAGGUAUUGAAAUACAAUGUCAUGUAUUUUUUUUCUCUAUCCAUUCCAGCAUUUGAAGUAGUAUUUUACACUCAAAGUAUUCUGUUUUCUAUGUAUUUAUUGACUGAUGUUGUAUCUGUGCACUGAUUGUAUUUGUUAUUUUCAUUUGUGGUGUAACAUACAUGUAUAGGCCAAAAUGUAUAGUCCAAAUCAUAAUCUCAGCUGUGAAUUCCAUAUUCUGAACACUGAACUUUUGGUAUUAUGUAUUAAACACAUUAAAUAUUUCACUUAACCGUCCAAAUAUAUUUGAACACCAAUAUGCAGUGUUGUGUAGUUGUGAACUACACGUAGUUCAACAAGUAAUUCGACUACAUUUUGCAGUAGCUUGGUGGUAGUUGAACUAAAUUAAAAUCUAGGUAGUGUUUUCAGUAGUUAAUGACAUUCUUUGCCAUGUAGUGGUGUAGCUAACUGCUAGAAGCAAACACUACUCUUUUUGCAAAAAUAAAAUAAAAUAUGGGGGAGGUAGGCAAACAUUUACUUUCUUUUUCAGACCUCAGACCUGCCUAAUUCUCACUUGAAACAUAGUUUUUGUGUUUAAUAGGCUAAAUUACAUACUCUGUUAACAUAUGACCCCAAUGUGAUCUGUUCAUGCAAUUUGUAAUCUAUGACAUUUCAGACUUGCGUAUCGUAAUUUUCACGAUUUGGAUGUAGAAAACUACUUUUUCAAAGUGACUUGGGCUCCCGAGUGGCGCAACGGUCUAAGGCACUGCAUCUCAGUGCUAGAGGCUUCAUUACAGACCUUGGUUUGAUUCCAGGCUGUACCACAACUGGCCGUGAUUGGGAGUCCCAUAGGCGGCGCACAAUUGGCCCAGGUUCGGGUUUGGCUGGGGUAUGCCAUCAUUGUAAAUAAGAAUUUGUUCUUAUCUGACUUGCCUCGUUAAAAGUUAAGUACUAGAUUUGUGCUAGACGUGUGCUCCUAGAUUUUUCUCAAGGGUAGAUUUAGUGUAGCUUAACUUCUUCCAGUGUGAAGUAAUUGGUAGCUUGGUAAACUACUGUCUAUUUUCAGAGUAGCUUCACUAACACUGUCAAUAUGUUGUUCUGUAAGUGUAACAUUUAUUUUGAACUACACUCACCCAAAAUAUCUUGUUAAUGUGAAAGUGCGUCACAACGUGGAUACUAAUUGUGCAGGAGAAGACUAUUGUUUUUACACAAAUUAAUUCACUGGUUGUUUCAUUUAUGAUUUUUGUUGAAUAAAAAGAGGCUACCAGA